ACCGAUCUUGGUUCAGUGAAUAUUCAACGGGGAAGAGAUCACGGUUUACCGUCGUAUAAUAAAUGGAGAAUGUUUUGUGGCAUGCCAAAUGCGCAUGACUUCGAGGGAUUGAAAAAUGAAGUGCUGGACAAAAAUAUUCGAGCCGCUUUAGCAAGGAACUUCAAAACACCUGAUGAUGUCGACUUGUAUAUUGGAUCGAUGGUUGAAGAUCCUGUCGUUGGUGGAUUAGUUGGGCAGACAUUAGCAUGUCUCAUUGGUGAUCAAUUUAAACGACUCCGAGAUGGAGAUAGGUUUUAUUUCGAAAAUCCGGGAAUAUUCACCGCAGAACAAGUGAAUGAAUUAAAAAAAGCGACAAUGUCACGAGUGAUUUGUAACAACGGUGAUCGUUACGAGAUGAUCUCAGAAGAUGCCUUCUUACUGCCACAUCCCUCUUUAACACCUUGCUCGAAACUAUCACAAAUUGAUCUGAAUUUGUGGAGAGAACCCACAUCCGCAUAA